AUGUCUACCCUGGCACACCCCUUCAAUGGCAGCUUCUCCCUCAGCUCAGCCCGUGCCAACGUCACCAUGGCGACCACCAUGGCGGCGGACCCCUGGAUGUCGGAGCCGUCGCGUGUGCUGCAGAUCAUUGUGACGCUGGUCAUUAUCCUGGUGGGCGUGCCCCUAAACUUACUGGUGGUGUGGGUGCUGGGUGUCCGACGCUGGUGCUCGGCGUCCACCCGCAGCGGUGGGGAGAGGCGGGGGGCCAGCAGCUUCCGCGUGUAUGUGGUGAACCUGGCGCUGGCCGACCUGGUGCUGCUGCUGCGCACGCCGCUCAUGCUGGGCUACCUCGCGCACCGCUUCUCCUGGCCGCUGGGCCUGCAUGCGUGUCGGCUGGUGAUGUUCCUGCGUGGCCUGGGCCUGUACGCUGCCGCCUGCCUGCUCUGUGCCGUGGCGCUGGAGCGCUGCCUGUGCCUGCUCAGACCCGUCUGGGCCAGCCAUAAGCGCCCACGCUGGGCCGUGCCGCUGACAUGUGGCCUGCUCUGGCUGCUGGCACUCUGCCUGGCCGCGCCGUACCUCUAUACCGCUGAGCUACAGGACUGGGGAGGCAAAUUGCAAUGCCUGGAAAGUUCCCCCAAGUCUAAGACGGGCAAUGGCUUCUUCAUCACCGAGACGAUUUUUGGCUUCCUGUUGCCUAUGGUCAUCUUUCUGUCCUGCAACUUCGCGGUACUGAUCAGUGCCCGGCGCACCGGGGCGAUGACGCCGACGGCGUCCAUGAUGACAUCUCCGACGCUGGUGUCACCGGGAUCCGGCUCUACCUCUGCCUCGGCUGCUCAGUCCUACACGGCCCGGCGUAUGGCGCGUCUCUACCGUGUGCUGGUGCUCACCAUGCUUCUCUUCCUCACCUGCUGGGUGCCCUACUUCACCUUCCGAUUCCUGCGCUGGCUCUCAGCGAAGCAGGGCUGGAAGGACAUGAACGGCGUGGCGGUGAAGGGCUACUACGUGUCGCUCUUCCUGGUGUACGUAAAGAGCAUGUUUAACCCUGUGCUCUACGUGUUCGCAGCAAGAGGCCUCGGACGCACUAUGCGUGCCUCCAUGCUCUCCGCGGUGGAACGAAUCUUCAAUGAGGACAACUCUGAGUCACUGCGUAGGAAAUCACUGCGCCGUAAGGACUCCCAGAUUUAA